UGUGUGUGUGUGUGUGUGUGUAUGUGUGUAGAUCUUCUCAGUCCAUCAGACAGUUAGACAUAAACAGCACCAGCAUGCUACACCAGAGGAGCUUCAGGAAGAACGAAACCCUUGGACGCUACGGUGGGUCAUCCCCUCUGGCAGCAACGGUGGGCUGCAAUUCCCUAACCCUCACAUACAAUGUUCCUGUGGGCAGGAGGUAAAACAACAGAUGGUAGAAGUGACCGCAGAUCCAUCUACCAGAAGAUUCGUGAAUAUGAGGUCCUUGACAAGAGGAAAACAGUGACAGCUCUGAGGGCAGGGGAGGACAGAGCCAUACUGCUGGGCCUCAGCAUGGUCUUUCUCUCUGUCAUGAUGUACUUUGUCCUGGGAAUCACCAUACUGCGCUCUUACUGUGACAGUGUAUGGACAGAUGAGGCGAGCUGCACUAUCAUGAACUCCACCAUCGUGUGGGACGUGAACUGUUCAUACAGCUGUGGAGCAGAGUGCUGGAAGAGUUCCCGUUACCCCUGUCUCCAGGUGUCCGUCAGCCUCAACUCCUCAGGGAAGGUGAUACGACUGUUGCACAAUGAGGAGACACAGGACAGCAAUCCGGAGUGCUUCUACAUCCCAAAGUGCCAUAAAGACUUGACUCGCACACAAGCAAUAGUACGGGACAUCUCUGAGUGUCUCAGGUCUCAGCAUACACGUUCCGUUUUGUGGACCCACAAAGACAGAAACCAACGUGAUAUCCUGGACACAGACUUCUACGGCCAGUCGCCUUCUCCACUCCUGUUCUGGCCAACCUGCACUUUGACUGGAGGAACCAUCAUUAUUGCCAUGGUGAAGCUGACACAGUACCUUUCCAUCAUGAGUGAGCGACUGAGCCGCAUUAAGAGGUGAGAGGAAGGAAGACCUUAAGUUCACUGAAGCAUCUUCAUGGGGUGAAGACUGAAAGACAAAGAGAUACGCCAGCUGACAUGAUGUCCGUCUGUGACAGCCGGAAUGUUCUAACACGUGUUCUUUGACAGUCCAAAAGCAGCGAGAAAGACUAACAUGUAUUUAGUCUUUCUAAAUACAUGUGAGUUUCUUUAAAUCCAGGUUUGAAGAAACUCAUUUAGACCCCUAGUUAGGCCUGCUGCUAACUGAAGCUCAGUGACAAUCUUUAUCAGUUCCAUUAUUUUUGUUGGCUAAUUUGCAAAGGAUGUUUUGAAAGACCAAUUGUGCAUUCUUUUGCUUUAAAAUGUUUUUUUGUUAAAGGAAUAGUUCAACAUUUCAGUAAAUAAUUCACUUGUUCAUGUUCUUGCCAAGAGUUAGAUGAGAAGACUGAUACCACUUACGGAAGCCCUUAAAGGCCAUACAUACAUACAUUUUAUU